AUGUGCUUGGAGAGCUUGAAGCGUGUGGAGUGCUUGAAGCGUGUGGAGUGCUUGAAGCGUGUGGAGUGCUUGAAGCGUUUGGAGAGCUUGAAGCGUUUGGAGAGCUUGAAGCGUUUGGAGAGCUUGAAGCGUGUGGAGUGCUUGAAGCGUUUGGAGAGCUUGAAGUGCUUGACGUUUUUGAAGAGCUCGAAGCGUUUGGAGAGCUUGGAGUGUUUGGAGAGUCUGAAGACUCUGAAGGUUCCGGAUCUUGCUGCUGGGAUGGUUUUGCAAAAUUGA